AUGAUUCGCUUCUUGAUUCUUGCCGUCUUCAUUCCGGCCAGUCUGGCCACAACCGGAAUUACUACGUGUUCUGGUUCUGGUGCACCUGCCCAGGGAGCAGAUCAAGUUACCGUUCACGGAUGUGAUGCAGCUCCGUGCGAUAUUCUGCUUGGGGAGGAAGCGCUCAUGAAUGUCAUUUUCACUGCCCCUCAUGACAUCGAAAGAUUCACACCACACACCGUGGCCUUCCUAGGACCUCUUCCUGUUCCAUAUCCUCUGCCGCCAGAGGUUCAAAAUUACGCCUGUGAGAACCUCGUGGGCGCAGAAUGCCCAAUUCCUGCUGGAACCGUUGUCAACUACCUCUUCCGCCUGGCCGUCUCAAACAACUAUCCUGUGCUCAGCAAUCUGGGCAUUGAGCUCACGCUGACCGACCAAAGUGGCCAAGGCAUUAUCUGCACGCGCAUUCCUAUCAAUUCCGUUGAUCCAACAUUAUAG